UUAGAGAUGACGGCCUCCGCGAAAGGCUAUUGAGGGAGCAAGACCUUACUCUCAAUAAGUCUAUCGAAAUAUGUAAGCUAGCGGAAAUGUCGAGAGCACAGGCCAGUAUGAUUAAAAGAGACAAUCUACGAGAGCAAGUACUUGAAGUGAAGACAGAAGGUCAUGUACAUGCAAUUCAGCGGUCUCGCGGCUAUCUCGGGACUGGUAACAUGGUGUGUACGUGUGGCAUAAACCAGGCCGGCAGUUCGGCGCGCCCGGUAAACAGUGAGCGUGCCACCGGCAGCCGGCAGCGCGGCAGCGCCGGGCGCGCGGUGACGUCAUCUCAACGGUCGAAGAGCGCAGCGCGACCUGUUCAGUGGCAGCGCGGCGCAUGCGGUUAUUGCGGCACUGUGCACUCGAGAUUCGAGUGCCCGGCGUACGGGAAAACAUGCAGAAAGUGUAACAAAUUGAACCAUUUUUCAAAAAUGUGUCGUGCGGGUCAUAUCCAUACCGUGCAGGAGGACACCUCGGAUCGGGACAGUGAGGCCUCCUGAGCGGUAUGGAUACUCCUAAGGCAGGGGUAA